CCCCAACUCCUUCUCUCAUUAAUUAGAUUCUUUCUGUAGAUUUUUGAUCUGUUUUUCGUUGCUUCUUCAUUAAGUUUUAAUUUUAUGUUAUAAAUCGUUGAUUAAAGAGUGUGUGUGUGUAUAAUUAUUUCAUAUACGAAUUUAUUUGAAGGAAUAUACAUUUUAGGAGGCUUUUGAAUUAAUUGUAUUGUUCAACAAUGGCCGCACCACCGGCAAGAGCUAGAGCGGAUUAUGAUUACCUCAUUAAGCUUCUUUUGAUCGGCGAUAGUGGUGUUGGUAAGAGUUGCCUUCUUUUACGUUUCUCUGAUGGUUCCUUCACCACAAGCUUUAUCACAACUAUUGGAAUUGAUUUUAAAAUUCGGACCAUUGAGCUUGAUGGAAAAAGAAUCAAGCUUCAGAUAUGGGAUACAGCUGGUCAGGAACGGUUUCGGACUAUCACAACUGCUUACUAUCGUGGAGCCAUGGGUAUAUUGUUGGUGUAUGAUGUUACUGAUGAAUCCUCCUUUAACAACAUUAGGAACUGGAUUCGUAACAUUGAGCAGCAUGCCUCAGACAAUGUCAACAAGAUACUUGUAGGAAACAAGGCUGACAUGGAUGAAAGCAAGAGGGCUGUCCCUACCGCAAAGGGUCAAGCACUUGCGGAUGAGUACGGGAUUAAGUUUUUCGAAACUAGUGCAAAGACAAAUCUUAACGUGGAACAAGUUUUCUUCUCAAUAGCGAGAGAUAUAAAGCAAAGACUUGCAGACACAGACUCCAAGGCUGAGCCUUCAACGCUCAAGAUUAAUCAACCAGAUGCAGGAGCUGGAGGUGCUCAAGGUGCGCAGAAAUCAGCUUGCUGUGGUUCAUAAAAAUGGUUUGAAGAUUGCAGAUGCAGUUUCACUUGCUGGGCUUUAAAUCCAUCAAGAAAACAAAAGCAUAAGCUGGAGGCUAUUUCGUUGGCGCUUGUAAUAUCUUUAUUGGUCAUUCUUUGAAGUUUAGCGUGUGAAAGAUAGGGGAUGACUUAUUUCAGAAGACAAAUUUGUUGCUAACACCUUUCCAGUUUCCUUCUCUGCUGGACUUCAUUAGCUCUGAAGGACCUGUGAGGCUGUAACCUAGCUCUUUAUGGAUCUUAUGUGUACGCAAAUACAACUUUUAUGAUUAAUACCUGAAACUUGUUACUUGUGGAAA